UUUCGUUCGUUUUUGUUUUGGGGUAGCUUCUCUUUCUCUCUUUCAUUUCGACGUUGCUGCUUCUCUAAUUCUCCCUCUUCUCUUCUGCAAUUAGGGUUUCGCGCAUUAAGCAGGACAAACUUUCAUUUUGCCACUCCAGGUUAGGGAAAGCUUAGUUGAUUUGGUUAUAAUGUCAUCAAAAUAUCCAAUUCUUGCCAAUCGACCGAUUGACAAGUGGAAGGUUACGGAGCUGAAAGAGGAGUUGAAGAGAAGGAAACUUACGACCAAAGGUUUGAAGGAUGAUUUGAUCAAACGUUUGGAUGAAGCUCUUCGCGUUGAAAGGGAGGCUGCCGAGGCUUCAGAGAAGGAUGAGGCAAAUGGUUUCAACAGUGAUCUUUCUGUGCUAAAAGAUUCGCAGACGGAGCCUGUAGUUGCUGAAGUUGUCGAUACGAUUAUAAAUGAUGAAACAGUUGAAAUGGCUGAAAAGGGUACUUCCAGUUUAACUAAACCAGUUGAAACCGUUGGUGCUGAAAAUAUUUCAGAGGUUGUGGAUAAUGAUGCCAACAAGAGUGACAAGCUGGACAAUGUUGCUGUCCCAUUUGACAUUAAUAGUACUGCACCUGCUGUGAAUGAAGAAGUUGAACACAUGGAUUCAUCUGUCGAUAUAAAUUCUACAAAUGUGGAGUCCUCAGAAAUUGUUCAUGCACCUACCAUGGAGAUACCCACCACUACGGUCACUGACAGUGUUUCAACGGAAGUAGUAGUCAGCAGUCACGAUUCAUAUAGUGCAGAACAACAGAAGGACUAUGGUGACUCGGUAACCAACCAGGAGAAUAAUGAGUCAAAAGAACAUCUGGAUAAUAAGGACUCAAACUCGCAGCUGGAUAAUCAAGACUCGAAGCCCCAGCUGGAGUGUGACCUAAAGCUUCCCGGCAAGGAUCUCAUGGCCAACUAUUCAGUUCCAGAAAAUCAGGUAUCUGAGGUCAGCUCUAGUUUAGGGUCUCAAGUAAAAUCUGAUUCUAUUUCUACUAAUUCCGUGUCAAUUAAUCAAAAGAAUGAACUAAAGGAUAAUAUAAUUGCUGAAAAUGUUAAAUUAGAACAAGAGAUUGUUAGGCCAGAUAUGGUGGAAGAACCAUCAUCCAGAUAUGAUGUUGCUGUUUAUGACGAAAUACAACCAAUGGAUGUUGGAGAGCUACAUGAGAAAAAGGCAUCUGAUGAGGAUAAUAACAAAAGUCCAGAGUUGAACAAGAUCAAUAGCCAUAAUGAAGAUGUUGGGUAUCCAGAGAAAUUAAACUUCGAUAGAAGCUCUGGUGAUGACUCCAUGGAGGAGGAUUUGCCAGAGAUUAAACAAGUUGAUUCUAAGUUUGAUGAUGAUGAACUAAAAGACAAGGGAGAGCAUUUUGAAGUUCCUAAUGUGAAGGAGGAAGGUAGUACUUUAGUUGAGGGAGAUGGUCCAUCUUUAGAAAAAGGUGAUGAUACCAGCCAAGACAAUCAUACACCUCCAGUUUCUCUUGUUGAGAAACGAAAAUUUCAUGAACAAUCAUCAGAUGAGAUUAAUGAGCGUGCCAAGCGGCAACGAAGUUGGAACUCUGAAACACAAACAGUUAAAAGCUCAGAUCCACAAAGUCCUGCUCUCAGGCCUGUUGCUGCACCAAAGGAUGAGCCAGCUACUUUGAAGCACAUCCUCUCCAGAUCUGAUUCCUCAGGGAAGGAUGAUUCACUCAAGGAGCGUAUUGUUCCACCAUCACAAAGGGCACCAACUAAUUCCCUCAGGAUUGAUCAAUUCCUACGCCCUUUUACUCUAAAAGCGGUGCAAGAACUUCUUGGUAAAACUGGGAAUGUUGUCAGUUUCUGGAUGGACCAAAUAAAGACCCAUUGCUAUGUCACUUACUCAUCUGUUGAAGAAGCCACUGAGACACGCAAUGCUGUGUAUAAUCUGCAAUGGCCUCCAAAUGGUGGACGCCUUUUGGUUGCGGAAUAUGUCGAUCCGCACCUCCCGUAACACUGACACCCAUUUCCUUACAGCCAGAGCCUGCCGUUCGUCGCUGCAGAGAGCAGGCACCUGCUCCAUCUACCCUCCCUCCUCCACCAACACCACAGUCAAAAACCCCUCCAGCAGCAAGAGAACAGCUACCACCCCUUCCAGAGAAUGUUGACCAACCUAUGGUCACACUGGAUGAUCUGUUUCGCAAAACCAGAGCAACUCCUCGAAUUUACUAUCUACCUUUAUCUGAAGAGAAAGUUGCAGCAAAACUUGCGGCACGGGGCAGAAGCAUCAAGAAGUAGGGAUUUAGUGCAAUGAUUCUUCCCUGUCAGCUUUUAUGAUUUUUUUUUUAUUUCUUACCAUUUUUUAGUUAACACGUGUUUCGUAAAUUCUCAUCUUGGAACUGUAGGUAGGAUGUUGUUGUUGUUGUUGUUAUAUCAAUGGUAAGUAUAUGGUAAUUUAUAUUUGAAUGGGUCGAAACUCGAAACCUAAAUUUGUCCAAAUGUCACACUAAUGAACUUUGUAAGGUAUCCUUGGCCAAAUCGAAUGAACUUCCAUAAGAAUUUGCUUUGCUUUUUC